CCCUCUCGACUACAGCGUUUGAAUGAGGCGCAUGCGCAGAGGCUCGCUGUGUGGGACGGACAGAUUUUAAUGAGUUUAUGUUUGCAGUGAAACUGAACACAAGUUGUAUUGCAUUGGAGUGGACAGAGGUGUGUGAUGCCUGAAGGAUCUCGCAGCUCCUCCUAUGACGUCUUCAUGGAUGACGAGUCCCCCCGCCUGUCCAUCAGCAGUAAUGAGCGCGUUCCGUCGGCCGCGCCGUCCGACACCUCGGACUGCCGCCCGGCGAGCCUGAUCUCCACUCUGUCCUCGGGCUCCGGAUCCUCCCGAGAAGACAACCUCACCCCGCCACUGCCGUCCGCCCAGACCUCCGACAUCGACCUGGACCCGAGCUCUGAGGGCGGCGCUGCAGAGGGCGAGGGGGGGUCGUGGCCACGCCCAGAGCCCGACAGGAAGGGGCGGCGCCUCCGCCUCACACGCAACAACAACAACAACAACAAAGAGUCUACGUCGGGUCGUGCUGCCAGCCGGCGCCGGCAGGCGUCGCCGCUCGUCACCAGGAGCAUGGCCCCGAACCCUCAGCUGACCUACCUGGACCGCGUCGUCAUGGAGAUCAUCGAGACGGAGAGGAUGUACGUCAGAGACCUGCGCAUGAUCGUAGAGGACUACCUGGCUCACAUCAUCGACCAGUGCGACCUGUCCAUCCGCCCGGAGCAGGUGUGUGCUCUGUUCGGGAACAUCGAGGACAUCUACGAGUUCAACAGCGAGCUCCUUCAGGCUCUCGAUCUCUGUGACCACGACCCCGUCGCCAUCGCUCGGUGCUUCGUUGACGAGUACUUUGAGAUCUACACUCAGUACUGCACCAACUACCCAAAUUCGGUUGCGGCGCUGACGGACUGCAUGAGGAAUAAAUCUUUGGCUAAGUUUUUCCGUGAGCGGCAGGCGUUGUUGAAGCGUUCGCUGCCUCUCGGUUCUUACCUGCUCAAACCUGUUCAGAGGAUCCUGAAAUACCACCUGCUGCUCCAGGAGAUCGCAAAGCACUUUGACCCGCAGGAGGAGGGGUAUGAGGUGGUGGAGGAGGCCAUCUACACCAUGACGGGGGUGGCCUGGUACAUCAACGACAUGAAGAGGAAACACGAGCACGCCGUCAGACUGCAGGAGGUCCAGUCUCUGCUGCUGAACUGGAAAGGUCCGGACCUCACCACGUACGGCGAGCUGGUUCUGGAGGGAACCUUCAAAGUUCAUCGAGCCAAAAACGAGAGGACGCUCUUCCUGUUUGACCGCAUGCUGCUCAUCACCAAGCGCCGCGGAGAGCACUACGUGUACAAGACACACAUCUCUUGCUCCACUCUGAUGCUGAUCGAAAGUGCCAAAGACUCUCUGAGCUUCAGCGUGACUCACUACAAACAUCCCAAACAGCCUCACACCGUCCAGGCAAAGACAGUGGAGGAGAAGAAGCUGUGGGCUCAUCACAUCAAACGCAUCAUUCUGGAGAACCAUCACGCCAUCAUCCCACAGAAGGCUAAAGAGGCCAUCUUGGAAAUGGAUUCCAUAUAUCCUCCCAGGUAUCGUUACAGUCCUGAGCGGCUGAAGAAAGCUCUGUCCUGUCAGUCUGACGAGAGUCAGGGCCGUCGACAGUCAGAGCCGAUCCAGCAAAAACUACAGAACACCAAAACACACAAGCGCCCGGACAGUGAGGGGGGGCUCCCUCUGCAGCCGGCCGCCAGCGAGGAAGAGGAGGAGCAGGUGGAGGAGGAGCAGGAUGAGGAGGAGCAGGAGGAGGCGGGGGGGAGGUUGUCUCCUCAGCAGAUACCGACGGAGGACCUUGAUGACAUUCAGGAGGCCGACGCAGGCAACAAAGAAAAUGGCCGACUAUCUGAAGAAGACGAGCCAGGUGGACCUGAAGCGACAUGUGAGCAGCCCCACACAGAUGAGCUGCCGCAGGAGAAGAAUUCAGAGAAAAACCCUGAACCAGAACCUUCCUCUGGUCCGGACACUUGUUCGUUUACAGUUCCCAGAAUCUCAGCGUCUACUCAAAGGUCAGAAGAACUGAAACCUGAACGAGAUCCAGAACCCAUGGAGCAGCCGUCCCCUGCCACACCUGAUUCAGAUUCAAAAACGUUGAGUAGUGGAGAAUCCUCCGAGGAUGAGGAGGAUGUGAAGGAGACGCCAGAAAAAGCGGGUAAAGCCAUGAGCAUCCUUCCUUCCUCUGUCCUGGACAAAGCCAGCGCCAUUGCUCAGCACUUUACCAACAGCAUCAAACGAGGCAGCCUGGCCCAGGACGACAGCCGUUCCCUUGGCUGUGCUUCACCGCGGCUGCCCAGCAGGACCGGCAGCAGCCUCAGCCUCAGCGCCGAACCCACCGAUCAAACUCUGAGGCUCAACAGUGUCUGCUGUGAUCUUGCAGAGACCUUCGGCAUGACAGAUUUAAGCCUGCUUUCUCCUCGGGACGACAGCCUCUUUGACGCCGACCGAGGCAUUCGGCGGAGGCGGGACUCUACCCUGUCCAAGCAGGAUCAGCUGCUCAUCGGCAAAAUCAAGAGUUACUAUGAGAACGCCGAGAACCAGGACGCCACCUUCAGCCUCCAGCGCAGAGAGAGCCUGACAUACAUCCCAACUGGGCUGGUCAGGAGCUCCGUCAGCCGGCUUAACAGCAUCCCAAAGGAUGACACGGUGCAGACAAAUCCCUCCACCUCUUCCAGUCUUGAUUCAUCAGCUUUACCCGCAAAUGCGCGGGGUCACAUGGUCUCCAGUGACUCUUUGGACUCUUUCAAGUCUGAUCAGAGAAGCACAGGUUCAGAAGAAAGCCCAUGGUCCAGAUCUCAGAGCUUGCAGGACAAUCCGUCUGAGGAUGAAGACUUCAGACCUUCAUCUGAAAUGAUCAAGAUCUGGCAGACGAUGGAGCGAGAGAUCGGCAAAUACCAAAGUGACGACAGAGGGCAUGAGCCUUCUCGAGAAGCUCAGAGAAACUGCAGAGCGACCAACGCUUGCCUUUCUGACACGACAAAGACCCCAAACAAGAGCUGUGGCCGAGAGAGUGGAGCGUCUGAGCUGAGCACCAUCACAGAGGAAUGCAUGAGUCCUUCGCCCCUCAAGCUCAAAGCCUCCGGUGUGAAUCGGACAGGAAGUCUGAAGGACGCCCUGAAGGUGUUCGGGGAAGAGCCCGUCGGACUCAGGGCUCCGGUUCCUCGAGUGGUCCAGGGGGAAAGGCCCAGCGAGGAUUCAGAUCAGCUGGAUGACGUAGACAAGAUGAAGAGCAAAGUCCUCCAUCUGGCUCGUCAGUACAGCCAGCGACUCAAAACCACCAAACCAGAGGUCCGACAGAGAAGACAGGGCGUCUUACCCUGCGUGGUGGAGGAGAAGGCGUGUGCAGGUUUACCCAACCUGACCCUGCCACGGGUUUCUCAUAACCAGACAGCAUCUCUACCUCUGAGGCCUGUAGACAAGACCCAACCUCUGACCCCCAGCCUCACCUGCAGCUCGGUGGCGGUCAACCCGGGCGGGGCUCGCUCCCACAGCCCUCUCAGCCCCCUCAGUCCUCCCCCUACCAUCGAGGGCUUCAACUGGCCCGACGUCCAAGAACUACGCUCCAAAUACUCCGAUCAUGGCCGCUCCAAGAAGAGUCCCGUCAGCCGCAGUCACUCCAUCCCGGAGCAGAUGUUUGAAGGUGGUCUGAGGAGGCACUCCAGCUGCUCCUCCAGCCUCCUCCUUGUCGAUGAAACUUCUGGCAAAGUUCCUUCGCACAAGCCUCACGUCAGCAGAGAGGAACGCAGAAAACGACUUCAAAGAGCCAAUUCUCUGGACCCUCGGCUGAGCGGAGCACAAACGGCUGAGCUGCAGAAGCUCCAGCACCAGUCCGCUAACGCCGACUGCGACGGUUACUACAUCGCAGCCGAGGCAUCGCUACCAGACGACCCCCAACACAAGAUCAUCAUCAUGGAGAAGCUUCCAGAGCCUGAAGAAGAAGAAGAUGACAACUUGAUUCAGAUCCGUUCACCGACCAGCAGAGAGAAGAUCUCCAUCAUGGCCGUCAUCGACCGCUGCCGGGUCUAUCAGGAGUCUGAGGAAUAUAAACAGAGGGACGACGUGAAAGCCAAAACUGAGCAGGCGAGUCCUCAAGAGCUCGACACCAUGACGCCGUCCUCCAACGUUCAGCGCGACGAGUCCCAGAAAACAAGCUCGAACUCCGGACAGAAGACAGAAGCCGGGCAGCCGAGCAUGGUGAAAAAUCUGAGAGAGAAGUUCCAGAGCCUGAGCUGAUCAAACUGCAACGUGUUGAAAACACUGUAGACCAGAAGUAAAGACAUCAACACAGGCUGCUGAACCAGACCUGUCAGGGGAAGACGUCACGUUCAAAGUAGUGAACAGAGAUUUACCAUCAAAGACUAAUCUCCCAUUAUUCACAGCUAGAGAGGAAUUGAAGAAUGAAUUCUAAUUAUUCUUCACUGUUAUGAGUUGUAUAGAGAACAUUUCGAGAUCAUAACGGAAAAUGUUGAUAUAAUAUAACACCACAAAUUCUCAUGGUUACAUCAGCUUGUAUAUAAUUUUAUAUAUAUAUAUAUAUAUAUAUAUAUGUAUCUGUCUUUAAACAGCCAAAGUACAAAUGAUGUUCAGUCUUGUUGAUCGGGAUGUUUUAUGAGAUUUCCUCUUGCUAAGGUUCAGUGUUACAGUCGUCUUCUCUUUGUUAAAGCUUUGUUUAUUAUUAUUUAUAACUGAUCUAAAGAUACCUUUAAUUUAAGUCUAGUAAUCAUAACGAUUACAGAUAUUUACAUUUUUAUUUUGGAAAAAUAAUUGACUGGAUUUCGAAAAAUGUAAUUCUGAGUAUAAUAGGAAUUGUAGAUUCCUCAAACAUAAUUGUUACAAAUGUAAUUUUCACUCUUCUUCAUUGUUUUCAGAUAUUCUGUAAUUACAGUCUUACUAGUUACAAUUCCAAGUCCACAAAUCAAUAAUUACAUUUUAGAAGUCUAGAGUUAUAAGAUGUCUAAAAGCAUUUGUUCAUCUACAUCUGUUUAAAUGUUAAUAAUAAUAAUUAUUGCCAUAAUUAAGGGAGCAGUCCAACAUGUUUCAGAUCCGGUCCUUCUGUGUUUCUGUGCGUCUCGCACUGAACCAACCUCCCGAGCUAACGGGCUGGUCGCUAGCUCGUCAGCUAACGGGCUCCCAAAAUGUUGGACUGUUCCUUUGAUCGUCAGCUUCACUAAAGAAGUCUGAAGUCAAAGUGUUGCCUGCUCUUCUGGAUUAAGAACAUCUGUAAUAAUUUAAUACACUGAACGCUCAGAUAGAGUUUGGAGGAUGAGCUGCUUUAAUGGAGGACGUAAGUCCGUGAAACUCAUAAGUUCAUAAUAAAAAGUAAAUGUGAAUUUAUUUUCACUCAGCAAAAUGUAUUUUUCCACAUGAUAAAAAUGAUUUAGUUUUUAUAUUUGCAAAUAACGCUGAACAAUUUUUCCCUUUAGUAUGCAAAUGAUUAAGUUAUUAUAUAUUAAUGAAUGUAUUUCUAUGUUUUUGUGCCUUUUUAAAAUUUUAUUUUAUUUGUCAGGUUUAUUUGAACAUUUUAUUUACUUUAUUAAUUUCUUUGUUUCUAAUGAGUCAGGCUUGGUUCUCCAUACACACAAGUAAUACGAGUGUUUUCUAGAGCAGCUUGUAAUGAAUCUAUUCGUUUGAGCACUUUGCUCAGUGGCACGAUGGCAGAUUUGGGACUUGGCUCUAACCGCUGGUCACUGCACACGAUGCUCCUCACUCAGAUGACACUGUACCUGCUAUUUAUUUCAUCUGAUGUAAAUAGAAACAAAUGUAUUGUCUGUAUUUCUAUAACUGUGGUUUUGUGUGGGUGUUGUAUGUUCACACGUUUAUAUGUUCCUCAUUAAAGCCACAUACAGGAUCA